AUGUCAUCACCAAUGUCAAUCAAUACACCAGAUACGGAUGAUGUAGGAAAUCGAGCAUUUUUGGAAGAAGUAACUGGACUUACAAAUGAUACCAUUCAACAUGAUGAUGAAAAUAAUAGUACUUCAAAUAAUGAAGCUCCUCUAUUACCACAUCCAUCAUUGGAUAUUACUAUGCCAACAUUAUCUAUUAUGGCUGUGGGAGUCAAUGUUAUACCAUGUGGUUCCAAGCAAGAAAUGCAAUAUUAUCUAAAUGAAACAUUACAAAAUUUCAUUCAAGAUUUCUUCAAUGAUGAUAAUCCUCAAUAUCCAUAUACAAAAACAAUUCAAUGGAGUAUGGAUCAAAAUCCAACAUGUGAAUAUCAUCUUACCAUUACAAUUCGUCAACCAACAAUUAUUGGUAAAGAAAUAGACCGCUUUCAUGAUGUAUAUCAUGCUUACGAUGAUGAUCAAGAUGAAAAUGAUGAUGAAAAUAUUGAUUUUGAUGAUUUGUUUACAGAUUUCUAUCAAAAUGAAAAUAAAAAUGAAAUUCCUAUCGAACCUAUUGUUCAAGAUAAUAAUCAAAAUGUAAUAAUCCAUUUGCCUGUUGCAGAAGAACAACAACAGUUAUCAGCUACAAAGAAAAAUUCACAAUUAGAAGAAAAACAAGUGAAUGAAAUACAAGAAAUUGCAAAUGUUAGGUCAAAACAACAAUUAUUGUCAACACAAAGAUUUCAAACGUCAAGUAUAAUAGGAACAGUGAAAAAACUGAAAGUAACCUUAGAAGAUGUACCAGAUCAAGAUAUGCCAAGAUAUUUAUCAAAUGUAAAGCAUAUCUUUGAUGAGAAAAUGAAUAAUGUUCUACAACUUGAAACAACAACAACAACAGUAAGCAAUUCUGUUAUCAAUAUUGAACAAUUACGACAAAUAGCACUUCUCAUCCAUAAAAUUGGUUUAAAUAAUUUAAAUAUAUCAUUAUGGAUAACAUAUUUAUGCUCUGGUACUGGUCAGAUGAAAAAUAUACAAGAACAUUUAGAGAAACAAGACUUUACAGAAGAAGAAUUGCCAACUGGAGCAGCUACAACAUCACAAGCUAGUCGUCUUUUAUUAUGGCCUCAAGAAGUCAAAACAUCAUUGAUUAAAAAUAAAUAUACUACACUUGAAUUAUCGGACAUUGGUCAUCAAACAUGUUUGCAAUAUGUACAUCAUAGAAUUCGUCAAUUCCGUGAUUCAAAUACAUAUUAUGACGAACAAUUACAAGAACGUAAAAAACAAUUAAACAAUGGUCUCAUACAAAAUAUAGAAAAUGCAAUUCGACAAUUUGUUGAAGAAUAUGGUAUAUCUAUACAUCACAUUUCAAUUGAAGGUCAAAUAGCUGCUGUUACAUACAAUUAUAAUGAUCGAUUACUUGAAUUAGAGUUUCAUCGAGAUUAUCCAUCUCCUUAUCAAAUUGAAGUAUUUAAUAAAUUAACACAAGACAAAAUGAACAAAGAAACAAGUCGUAUAGAAGUUGCUAUAUUAAAACAACGAAUGGUUCAUCAACAUUUACCAAGUACAUUCGAAUCACUUCAGAUACCUACACCUAUUGCAUUAGAUGCUAUUCAAAAUGAACAUAUUCGUGAAUGUUUAACACAGCAAUGUACACGACUGUUUGAACGAACAAAAUCUGAAAUGAUGUUUAUUUAUAUUCAAGCAGCAGAAGCCAUAUAUGAAGAACAUCGAAAGAAAUUUGAUACUAAUAUGCAAAAUUAUGAAGCUGAUCAACGUUCUGGUGUUACAAGUCGAAAAUUAACAAACUCAAUGGCUUCUAUUUUAAAUCAACGUUUCAAACAUAUUAAUGAACAUAUUACCCAUCUUUACAAUUUAAAAUUACGUUUUUUUCGUCAAAGCUCAGACGGUCAAGAGUUGAAUUCGAGUCAUCGAGAUGAUAUUAAAAAAUUAAAUGUCGGUUGUUCGCCAAGUUUAUAUCUAUAUACAAAUCAUCACUUAACAACUGAACAAGUUAGUUAUCUUAAUCGUGGACCAACCUAUGUAUCGCCAUGUCAAGUACAUUUGACUAUUCAUCAAACAAAUUCAAUUGAUCAUAUACUUUUGAAACAGUUAGCACCAUUACGACGACAAUUAACGAAAUUAUUUGAUAAAUAUCCAAUUGAUCUUAGUCGACGAAUGAAUUUUGAAAAAGAAAUUGAACAAUCAUUUAAAAAAUGCUUUUCAAUACCGAUACCAUCUACUGUGCAACAAUAUUCAAUCUAUGAACAACAACUUAUUCAUUCUAUUCAAUUACAAAUUAAAAAAGAUCAUUUAUUAUUACGACGUACAGCUGAUAAUCAAAAUACAUAUUAUCUUGGUGACGAAAAUGAAUUUAAUCAAAUAGUUAAUCAUUAUAUGAAUACUACAGAUUAUUUCGAAUCAAAAAGAAUAAUUGAUGAUAAUCAUUCCAAAGAAACUUAUUUAAAAGAAACGAUCAAAUCAAUUGAUUUAAAUUUACAAGAAUUGCAUAAAAAGAAAUCAAUUAAUGAAAAUCAUUUAGCAAAAAUCCCAAUCCAACCAUUAGCAUCAUUUCUUUAUCAUCUAUUACGGCCAUUGUUUGAAAAUUAUUCUCAAUCAACCGCAUUAAGAAAUGGUGGUGAUUUUAUUCAAAAACUUGAACAAUAUUGUAUACAAAGUGAUUCUCUUCUAUCACAUACAAAAUUUGUGACAUUCGAAAUUCAUAAUUUACAUAAAACAGUUUCACAUGAUAAUAUUCUUAAAGCAUUACAUCAAUUUCUUACAACACAAAAUGUCAAUGUACUUCGUCAUAAUGGUUUAUCAAAUGAUACAAUUUAUGAAUUAACUGAAUUAUUUCUUAAAAAUCUCCAUUUUUCUUAUCAGGGAUCAACAAUCUAUCGAUAUAUUAAAGGAUGUCCUGUAAACUAUCGUUUAUCUCGAUUAUUAUUAAAUAUUUAUUUACAUUAUUACCAACAACCUUUAGUAAGUGAAAUACGUCUUGCAGAUGAAUUCUAUGGUCGUUAUUAUAAUAUGGGCAUUAUGACAUGGUUUGGAUCAAGAACGGCCUUACAAACUUGCUUUACUAAACUUAACUACGAACAUCCAGAUGUACGAAUCACUUAUUCAACAGGUUUGAAUGUUCAUUUUCUGAAUGUUUAUAUUGAAAAUCAAAAUGGUAAACUUUAUACUCAUAUUUAUCAUGAUCCAAAAAAACAACCAUUUCUUUUACCAUAUGUAACUGGACAUCCACGGUUAAUACAUCGACAAUGGUUUCGUUAUUCACUUAUUCGUGCUGGUCAAUCUUGUAUAAGAUUAAAAGAUUUUCAGAAUGAACGUCUCUAUAUUGAAUUAACAUUUCUUGCUAAUGGUUAUUCAUUAGAAUUUGUUGAACAUAAUUUAGAACAAUUUUAUAAACAAUUCUAUAGUUCUAGUAAACAAACGGAAAAUCUUGAUCAAUAUGCAUACAAUGGAAUUCGUCGUCAAUUAUUUCGUUGUUUAGAUACACAAAAACGUCGUUUCAGUGAACGCGAACAAUUGAUACAGAAUCAAAAAUUAGUUGAAUUUUAUUAUUUAUUUGAUUGGGGAUUAAGAUAUAAAUUUAAUGAUCAAUUUCGUAAACUCUGGUUCAUAAUUAUUGAAAAAGAUCCUAAAUUUAAAACAUAUGAUUUGAAAGUGAAACUUACUUCAAGACAUUGUUACUUAUCAAAUUCUUUAUUAAGAGAUUAUUAA